UGCCGCGCGCGCCGGGUCCGCCGGCGGAGACCGGCUCGAGCCGGUAUAAAAAGCUUGAGCUCGAGCACAGCGGCAGCACUGCCGCAGUUGCGAGAGGGACCGGGCGGAGGAGAGUCAGGUGGGGGGUGCGAAGAGGGAGCCCGCCUGGCUGGCUAGCUGGCAGGCAGGCAGGAGAGGAGCGGCGCCCCACAGGGACCCCCCUUCUCGAAAAGCUAGGCGCUGACGGUGCACCCCGCUGGGCAUGGGGCAGCCUUGGCACCGGCGGAGAGAGCCUUGCCUCGGGUAACGGGGGGUGGGGGAGCAGCGACCUGCUCCUCUCUUCCCCGCCGAAGCGAAGAGGGUCUUGUCUGAGGCACAGGCUCCACCCUCUCCAAAAGGGGUCUCGAAACUGAGGCGUGUUCCCAGGCCACCUCAGCAUGUUACUGACCGGGUCAUAGGCCAAAGCUGCACUUCUCUGCAGCUCGGGGAGGAAUCUUUUUUUUUUCCUUCCUCCGUUUCCUCUGCCCAAGUUGCAGCUGCAGCAUCUACCGACUCGGUUAAAAAUGACUGUCAAAGCAACAAGAAUGUCAUGCCUUGCUCCCAAUGUUUAUACUAAAGUGCCUGAUGGAGGAUGGGGCUGGAUUGUGGCUUUUGCUUUCUUCUUUGUGGAAGCCCUGACAUACGGCAUUAUCAAGUCUUUUGGAGUCUUCUUUAUAGACCUAAUGGAAAGUUUUGAUGAAACCAACAGCAGGAUAUCAUGGAUUAUCUCAAUAUGCGUUUUUGUACUAACAUUUACAGCUCCUCUUUCUACAGUACUGACUAAUCGUUUUGGUCAUCGCCUGGUGGUGGUGAUUGGAGGUUUACUGAUCAGUACUGGGAUGGUCACAGGCUCCUUUGCACGCACAGUUGUCGAAAUGUACAUCUCCAUUGGCAUAGUCUCAGGCUUAGGAUACUGCCUUGCCUUUCUGCCUACAGUCACCAUUCUGUCACAGUACUUCGACAAGAAGCGUUCAUUAGUCACAGCGGUAGCUUCCACAGGAGAAUGCUUUGCUGUCUUCUCUUUUGCACCAGCUAUCACUGCUUUGAAGGAGCACAUUGGCUGGAGGCAUAGCCUCCUGUUUGUUGGCCUACUGCAGCUUGGAAUUGUGGCCUGUGGAUUCUUGCUGCGGCCCAUCAUAAUCAAAGUGCAGGAAGAAGUGAGAGUGUCGGCAGCAGAAGAGCAGAGAGAGACAAAAUACAUGCUUGAAAAUGAACAGACACGCACCUCCAUAGAUUCCAUUGACUCAGGAGUAGAAGUAACUACCUCACCUCGCAACACGCCUGGAGAUGCCAAAUCAGAACUGAAAAGUGAGGGACCACCAAAGGAAAUCACAGAGGUGCUCAUAGAAGCUAGUAGCAUCCCUGCCAAGGAACCAAAACCUCAACUCCUAGACUUCUCUGUGAUGAAAGACCAUGGCUUUAUUUGUUAUGCACUUUUUGGUUUAUUUGCUACUCUGGGAUUCUUUGCUCCUUCCCUAUACAUCAUUCCACUUAGCAGGAGCCUUGGAAUAAACAAGGACCACUCCGCAUACAUACUCUCAGCGAUGGCAAUUGCUGAGGUCUUUGGCAGAAUCAGCGCUGGCUGGGUCCUCAACAAAAAGCCUAUCCGAAAAAUUUACAUUGAACUCAUCUGUGUCAUUCUGCUGGAUAUUGCCCUCUUUGCCUUCCCUUUUGCAUACAAUUUUUGGGGACUAAUGAUAUGUAGCAUUUACUUCGGGUUCAUGCUUGGGACAGUGGCAGGCACACACAUCCCUAUGUUGGCUGAAGAUGACGUCGUCGGCAUAGAGAAGAUGUCCUCUGCUGCGGGAGUUUACGUAUUUAUUCAAAGUUUAUCAGGGUUGGCUGGACCACCCCUUGCAGGUAUGUUAGUGGAUACCACAAAGAACUAUAGCUCUGCAUUCUAUUCUUGUGCGGCUGGGAUGCUGCUGGCUGCCGUGUUCCUUUCUUUGGUGAGGCCUUGCAAGAAGGUACGUCAAAGGAAGAAGGAGCCACCAGAAGAGAAUGUGUCAAAGCCUUUGCAGGAUGUACCAGAAGACUUUAUAGAGCCUGAUCUUGGAAAAAACGAGGAUUCUUCAAGAAGCAGUGAUAGCGUGGCCUGAGUAUUUUUUUACACACACACACACACACACACACACACACACACAGAGUUUAGAUUGGGGGGCAAAGCACGUCAGCCCUGAUCCACCUUCUCAAAUCUACACUUUAAAGGGAAUGCAAAAUCAUAAAUGUGAACAGAUGCUAUCAACCCUUUCAGAAAGAUUUAUUGUUAGUUUUUUGUAUGAACACCUCAAAUUCUGAUGCCCCCCCCAUUGACCUCCAUUAAGCGCACUCCUAUCUAGCAUGAAGUUGUGGUUCAAGCUAUCGUAUUCCCAAUUCCAAAAUCACGGGGAAGAAACCAACUAUUGCAUUAGACAAAGAGCAAGGAUGUGUCUUGUAACAAAACAAGUUAUUUUGAACUUUUUAGUUGUUUUAAAAUCAGGUUAAAGAAUAGAUACUAAUUUUAGAGUGGGUAAAGGGGGUUGAGCUAAAUGAUAUAUUGAAGAGAAUUAACAGGGUUUUGUUUUUAAAACUUGUUUGAACUUCAUGUAGGUUGGGAAGUUGGAGGUUACUAUUCUAUUUUUAUGGCCAGUUAUUGUGGAUAUUUCAUGGGACCAUUAUCUUUCCAGAUUUAACGCUGAUACAGUCCAACCCUAUGUAUGUUUAUUCAGAACUUUUCAGUGCUUUCAGUAGGGCAUAUUUAAAAGUGGGCAUACAAACUGCAACCUUAGGGCUGGAAUCCUGUGCUCACUUAUAGUUUGGACAGGGUCCCUUUGGGGUAGAACUGGGCCAGACAUGGAUCUACUGGAUUCUAAAUUGGCCUGAUUUGCAGAGAGGGACUCGAGCUGGACCCCUCUGGAGUUUGCAUACCCAAAAAGACCCACCCCCAAAAUGGUCCUCUUCUUCCACCCCCAAACUGGCAGGGCAAAAGACUACUGCUCCAGCCCUUCCUGGUCCCUCAUUAAGAUUUCCCAUCUCAUUGAAAUUUAGUGGGGAUUCCCUCUGAGCACUGCUGAAGUCAUGUUCUCUUUUGGUAGUUAGAUAAACCAACUUGAUUGCAUUUUUUAAAAUAUAAAAUAAAAUUACCUAUUUAUUUUAAGACUUAUUAGACAAUGUCUGUAUGGGCAAGUGGGGGGUAGGGGGUUAACAUUUUUCACAGGUAUUUUAAAUGCAUUGAUAUUUUGUAAAACUUUAUUGAUAUGGGUUUUUUUAAGGUGUAGAUAGCAGUGUUAUCUGUUCUUUUCGAGACAAACUAUUUUAAAACACAAGGCACGCAAACAUGCUGUUCUUGAAUUCAGUCCUGAACAGGAAUCGUAGUUCCAACUGUUGAGUAAAACUGAAGCCAGUGGUUAAACAAUUUGCUGAAUCUAGUGAGAGAAUUUUCAAGACAAUACCUUCUUUUUACUGUAUGUUGGUUGUUUUUCCUUUCCUUUCCUUUUGUAUGUUGUGAAGCAGGCCUUCAGCUCUCACAGUGAGUCUCCCUACACCUGUAGGCUUGAGCCAGGCUUGCACCAAAGUAUAUAGGUUUCACAUUCUCAGGUGGUGCAAGACAUGCUCAAGCCUACAGACACUGCCUUGUAUGGGGCCUUGAGCUGCAUGGAAGCACUGACUGUGUGUGUGUGUCAUACAGCCCAAAGUUCUGCCAUUUGCAAGACUGAAAGCUGUCCCGGUAUUGAGCAGUCAUGACCACACACAUGGCAAUCAUCAACUCCAUGCAACUCACACUGGGCUAGGAGCCCCUAGGCAGGCAAACCAGGGAUCAUGUGGAGCCAAACGUUAUGAGCUGGGCCUUGGCGUCUCAUGUGUUUGUGAAUGUUCACAACAGCUAAAUUCUGCACACGUAUCACUAGAGAGUACCUAAAGCAAAAAGAAAUUUGCAGUGUAAUUCUUAUUUUAAAUUUAACAAAUGUACUCAACAGCUGCCACAGGCAUCAAAUAACUGGUCCUAAAAAUAAUUAUGCCACCACCCUGGAUGCUCAAUUGGCCGCAGAGUUGGGUUUGCUUCCCAUUAACAGUCAAUUAUGUGUAAAGAAAAGGGAAUGAUUAAAGAAGGCAACAUGUCAGCUAUUCACUUACACUCAAUAGAUAACUAUCAGUGGUAACACAAGCUUGCUUGUCCCACUUUUACGCAAUUUUUUUGUCAAUGAGACAACUCAGGGGGGACAAAAUGAGAAAAUAAAAAUGUUUCUUUUGGUCCUGGAUACACACAGUACAAAUUCAAAUGCAUCUCAGUAUUUCAGUAGGAGUGGCAUUGCAUGCUGACUGCUCUGCUAAGAUGCUUAUGCAUCAUCAGCCAUAGAAAUGAGGGACAAUCCAAUUUUAAAAGAGAGCAACCACUGGCACCCGAAUACAUUUUUUGAGGUCCUUGCAAUUUCAAUGUGGUUAAGUUUCAAACCCAUUUUCAAAGAUGCUGGUUGAUUUUUGGAGUGGAACAUACUUGCAAGCUAAGUGUCCUUAACAUUGAAAUACAAGUAUUUUAUCGGGUUUCGCCGCAUGCGUAGAAGCAGUCCUCAGGUUGUGGAAACCAGAGGUACAAGUCUGAAACCUAAGCAUACUUAGUUGGAAGUGUGUUCCACUUGAGUCAUUACAAUUCAGGGUGUUAAGCUGCCCCCCCAAAAAACAUGGGAAAGGGUGCUCUAUCAUUAGGAGUGGCUUUUGCAAUCCACCCUCCUCCCUCACUGCAUGAAAACAACUGAAAACUGCAUGAAAACAACUGCAGUUUAGUGUGCUUUGAAUAACUUCAGCACUUUAUAAUGUACAACAGAACCUUGAUAAAUUGCAGCAACAAGUGGGAGUCAUGCACCAUCCCCAAUGGGGAGGUGGGUCACUUUUCUGGAACUAGCAAGUAAGUGAACCAAACAUGAAACUUACAUUUGCGAAAUGUGUUAUUUAUUUAUUUAUUUAGCAAGCUUACCUUAUGAAUUAUUUGUCACCGUACCUCUAGAAAAGCAGUUAACAUACUAAAUUAAUUGGCUCAAUUAAUGACAUCUCCGUAAUAAAAGACCUCAGUACAGUACAUUUUGCUGUUACAACUUUGCUGAAGAUAAAACGGUUAAGGAGCACAUUCUGUGUUUGUGGGGAAAAUCUAGCUGCCCUGCAGUUUAACAAGGUUCUACUGUAUCUUCUUCUUUAUACAAGGAUUUCUAUUACUAAAUAAUAUGUGUAUAACUGACCACAUUGUAAGUUAUUGUUCCAAGUACAUACUGUAUUAGCAUGACUAAGAGCAUAUUUGUGUGCACAAAAGAUCCAAAAUCAGGAUAUAACAUGGAUUGCUGGUUUGUUCUGUACUGUAAUUAGUCAACUCUGGAAGUGCUACCAAACACUGAAUUUUGCAAUAAACUUUUUUUUUAAAGAAAUCAA